AUGUAUUCCGGCGGUGCGACCGGUACUCAUACUCCUCGAUCUUCCCAGAAUCUCCGUCCUCUUAUCCUCACGCAUGGUUCUCUCGAGUAUUCAUUCCUGAUACCCACCGGCCUCCAUUUCCAGGCAUCACAGCUGAAAGAUGCUUUCAAUGCCUCACUUCCAGAACCUACAGAUGAACUCGCUCAAGAUGACGAGCCUUCAUCGAGUGCUGAGCUGGUCGCUCGUUACAUUGGCUUCAUUGCCGCUGAAGUCGAUGAUGACGAGGAGGCCGCUGGCUUCGUUGAGGUGCUCAAAGUAGCUCUGAAUGAGUUUGAGCGAGCUUUCAUGCAUGCGAACGAUGUACAUGCUUUGGCUGCAACCUUACCUGGGAUUACCGCGAAGAAAAAUCUUCUCGUUCAGUGUUACUAUGCCGGACGUGCAGCAGUAGCACGACCCAUUAAACCCCACGAUUCAGCCCUGCUCCGAGCAGCCGAUGACGAGGAGGCGAGCAUUUUCACCGUGUUUGGCGGUCAGGGCAACAUUGAAGAAUAUUUCGAGGAGCUGCGGGAGGUGUACACAACAUAUCCAUCAUUCACCAAAGAUCUGAUUGAAACGUCGGCCGAACUGCUGCAGACCUUGGCCAGAAGUCCAAAAGCAGACAAAUUUUACACCAAGGGUCUGGACAUUCUGAGUUGGCUCGCCGACAAGGAAACGCAACCAGAUACGGAUUACUUGGUCUCCGCACCCGUCAGCUUGCCGCUGAUCGGACUUGUUCAACUCGCCCAUUAUCAAGUGACCUGCAAAGUCCUCGGCAAGACACCCGGCGAGGUCAAUGAGCGGUUCAAUGGCACCACAGGCCACUCCCAGGGUGUAGUCACAGCUGCCGCUAUUGCCACUGCAACUUCGUGGGAGAGCUUUGCAAAGGCCGCCAGAGAGGCCAUUACCAUGCUCUUCUGGAUUGGCAUGCGAAGCCAGCAGGCCUAUCCCCGUACAAGUAUUGCACCCUCGAUCCUGCAAGACUCUCUCGAAGCUGGGGAGGGUAACCCCACACCUAUGCUCUCAGUGCGAGAUCUGUCCAAGAAGCAGCUUCAGGAGCACAUUGACGCCACCAACGAGCAUUUGCCCAAGGAUCGACACAUUGCCAUUUCUUUGGUGAACAGUGCCCGUAACUUCGUUGUGACCGGCGCUCCAAUUUCUCUGCAUGGUCUUAAUCUUCGACUACGAAAGGUCAAGGCUCCAACUGGUCUGGAUCAGAAUCGUAUUCCUUUCACGGAGCGUAAAGUGCGCUUCGUCAACCGAUUCCUGCCAAUCACUGCUCCCUUCCACAGCCCUCUCUUGAGCGAGGCCUACAAGCAAAUCCUCGAAGAUCUGGCCGAGAUCAGGAUCCCUGCAUCUCGCUUGACUAUUCCAGUGUAUGACACAAACACUGGUGAGGAUCUUCGCGCCCAGCAAGACAAGGAUGUGGUCCCAGACCUUGUGCGUAUGAUUACCCAGGAUCCUGUCCACUGGGAACAGGCUACAGUCUUUGAAGGCGCCUCUCACAUCAUUGACUUUGGCCCAGGAGGCAUUUCGGGUCUAGGAGUCCUCACCAACCGUAACAAAGAUGGCACGGGAGUCCGCGUGAUUUUGGCUGGUGCCAUGGACGGGACCAACACUGAGGUCGGGUACAAGCCUGAACUCUUCGAUCGCGACGAAGAGCAUGCAGUGAAAUAUGCAACCAACUGGGUCAAAGAACAUGGACCCAGGCUCGUCAAGACUUCCGUUGGUCAGACUUACGUCGACACCAAGAUGUCGCGCUUGCUCGGUGUGCCACCUUUGAUGGUUGCGGGCAUGACCCCCUGCACGGUGCCUUGGGACUUUGUUGCCGCGACCAUGAAUGCUGGCUAUCACGUUGAACUGGCUGGCGGUGGCUACUACAAUGCAAAGAGCAUGACCGAAGCGCUGAACAAGAUCGAAAAGGCUAUACCUCCUGGGCGAGGCAUCACGGUCAACUUGAUCUAUGUCAACCCCCGUGCUAUGGGCUGGCAGAUUCCACUUCUCGCCCAGCUCCGUGCCGACGGUGUCCCCAUUGAAGGACUGACAAUCGGUGCAGGCGUGCCGUCGAUUGAAGUCGCUCAAGAGUACAUUGACACCCUUGGGAUCAAGCACAUUGCCUUUAAGCCUGGAUCUAUGGACGCCAUUCAGCAGGUCAUCAAUAUUGCCAGAGCCAACCCUACAUUCCCGGUCAUCUUGCAAUGGACUGGUGGUCGGGGUGGCGGCCACCACUCCUUCGAAGACUUCCAUCAGCCUAUUAUCCAGAUGUACGGUCGUAUCCGGAAAUGCCAGAAUAUCAUCUUGGUGGCAGGCAGUGGCUUCGGCGGGUCUGAAGAUACUUACCCAUAUCUGACUGGUACCUGGUCGCGCAAAUUCGGCUGUCCGCCUAUGCCUUUUGAUGGGAUUCUCUUUGGUAGCCGCAUGAUGACGGCAAAGGAGGCCCAUACUUCUCUCAACGCAAAGAAAGCUAUUGCUGAGGCCGAAGGCGUUGAUGAUACUGAAUGGGAGAAAACUUACAAAGGGCCGGCUGGUGGUGUCAUCACUGUCCGAUCAGAGAUGGGCGAGCCGAUUCACAAGCUUGCGACACGCGGUGUCAAAUUCUGGGCCGAGAUGGACCAGAAGAUCUUCAGCUUGGACAAGAAGAAGCGAGUGGCAGAGCUUAAGAAGCAGCGCGAGUACAUCAUCAAGAAGCUCAAUGACGACUUCCAGAAAGUUUGGUUCGGCAAGAAUUCUGCUGGUGAAACGGUUGACCUUGAGGACAUGACCUAUGCUGAAGUGAUUCGACGCAUGGUCGAGCUCAUGUACGUGAAGCAUCAAUCUCGCUGGAUCGAGGUUACACUUCGCAAUCUCACAGUCGAUUUCAUUCGCCGAGUAGAAGAACGUUUCACGGUUGGCGCGGGAAAACCAUCGCUUAUCCAGAGCUACGCUGAGUUUGAAAACCCCUUCCCUAUCGUGGACAAGGUUCUGGCAGCCUACUCCGAGGCUGAAACCCAAUUGAUCAACGCGCAAGACGUCCAACAUUUCUUGCUUCUCUGCCAGCGACGUGGUCAGAAGCCUGUGCCAUUCGUUCCCUCUCUCGACGACAAUUUUGAGUUCUGGUUCAAGAAAGAUUCCCUCUGGCAAUCCGAAGAUCUGGAUGCUGUGGUCGAUCAAGAUGUCGGCAGAACCUGCAUCUUGCAAGGACCCAUGGCAGCGAAAUACUCGACCAAGGUGGACGAGCCAAUCAAAGACAUUUUGGAUGGUAUUCACCAGGAUCACAUCAAAGGCUUGAUUCAAGAUUUCUACGGUGGACGUGAGUCUGCUGUUCCCGUCAUUGAGUAUUUUGGCGGUAAGAUCAUCACCUCCGCGGAGAGCGUCGUGGAGCUGGACGGUGUCACUGUUAUCCCCGAUGGCUCUCGAACCACAUACAGGCUCUCAACGUCGCCAUCCGCCACGCUACCUGAUGUUGAUGCUUGGAUUCAGCUUCUUGCUGGCAAAAGCUACUCAUGGCGACAUGCUUUCUUCACGGCCGACGUCUUUGUACAAGGUGCCCGUUAUCAGAACAACCCCAUCAGGCGCAUCUUGGCCCCUACCAGAGGCAUGACUGUUGAAAUUGCCCAUCCAAAGGAUCCUUACAAGACCACCAUCGUUGUCAAAGAACCCAGCCAGUCUGGAAAGAUGGUCAGGACUCUCGAUAUUAGUCUGCUCGGCAAGAAUGAGAUCCUGAUGAAUAUGUGGGAAGAAAGGACCGCAGAGGGAGAAGCAGUCGCCCUCCCAUUCAAAUUCAUUUACCAUCCAGAAACUGGAUAUGCGCCUAUUCAUGAAGUUAUGGAUGGUCGCAAUGAUCGCAUCAAGGAAUUCUACUACCGGAUCUGGUUUGGACAGAAGGAUGUGCCAUUCGAUACACCCACUACGAACGUCUUCGAUGGUGGCAGCGCAACCAUUGUCACCCAAGCCGUUGCCGAUUUUGUGCAUGCGGUUGGCAACACUGGUGAGGCUUUCGUCGACCGCCCGGGUAAGGAAGUAUUUGCACCCAUGGACUUUGCUAUUGUGGUUGGGUGGAAAGCUAUCACCAAACCGAUAUUCCCUCGCGCCAUUGAUGGCGACCUUCUCAAGCUUGUCCAUCUGUCGAAUGGCUUCCGCAUGCUCCCUGGUGCCGAACCGUUGAAGGUCGGCGACGAGCUUCACACCUCUGCCCGGAUCAAUGCGGUGCUCAACCAAGAGUCUGGCAAAAUGGUCGAAGUUUGCGGAACCAUCACCCGCAGAGGUCAGCCGGUAAUGGAAGUGACCAGCCAGUUCCUCUACCGUGGUACCUACACAGAUUACGAGAACACCUUCCAACGCAAACAGGAGACGCCGAUGCAAGUGACUCUCGCUACAUCCAAGGACAUUGCGGUACUGCGAUCCAAAGAAUGGUUCCACCUCGAUGAGCCAGACAUUAACUUGCUAGGACAAACAUUGACGUUCCGUCUCUCAAGCCUGGUCCGUUUCAAGAACAAGACCGUCUUUUCAAGCGUCGAGACUGUUGGCCAGGUCGAACUGGAACUGCCUACCAAGGAAGUCAUUCAAGUCGCUUCUGUUGAGUAUGAAGCAGGAUCCUCGCACGGUAAUCCAGUGAUUGAUUACCUCCAGAGGAACGGCCAGACCAUCGACCAACCUGUCAACUUUGAAAACGCGAUCCCUCUGAGCGGCAAGACACCUUUGACUCUCAGAGCCCCGGCUUCGAACGAGACGUAUGCUCGUGUAUCGGGCGACUACAACCCCAUUCAUGUGUCGCGGAUCUUUGCCAGCUAUGCAAACCUUCCUGGCACUAUCACGCACGGUAUGUAUUCCAGCGCUGCUGUUCGGAGUCUGGUUGAGACUUGGGCUGCGGAGAACCAUAUUGGCCGUGUCCGAAGCUAUCAUGUUUCUUUGGUCGGCAUGGUCCUCCCCAAUGAUGACUUGGAAGUCAAACUUGAGCACGUCGGCAUGGUCGCAGGUCGCAAGAUCAUCAAGAUUGAGACUACCAACAAAGAAACCGGCGACAAAGUUCUCCUCGCUGAAGCUGAAGUUGAGCAGCCGGUGUCGUCGUAUGUGUUCACUGGCCAAGGUUCGCAAGAGCAAGGUAUGGGCAUGGACCUAUAUGCGCGCAGCCCGGUGGCCAAGGAAGUGUGGGACCGAGCCGAUCGUCACUUCAUGGACAACUAUGGUCUCUCCAUCAUCAACAUUGUCAAGAACAAUCCCAAAGAACUGACCAUCCACUUUGGAGGGCCGCGCGGCAAAGCCAUUCGUCAAAAUUACAUGGCAAUGACUUUCGAGUCCAUAAAUGCUGACGGCUCUGUCAAGUCGGAGAAAAUAUUCAAGGAGAUCAACGAAAACACCACGUCUUACACAUACCGCUCACCUACUGGUUUGUUGUCUGCAACGCAAUUUACGCAGCCGGCCUUAACAUUGAUGGAGAAGGCUGCCUUUGAAGACAUGCGCUCCAAGGGUCUCGUCCAGCGUGACAGCAGCUUUGCCGGUCACUCUUUGGGAGAAUAUUCUGCUCUCGCUUCAAUCGCAGAGGUCAUGCCCAUUGAGAGCUUGGUGUCUGUCGUGUUUUACCGUGGUCUGACAAUGCAAGUUGCAGUCGAGCGUGACGAGCAGGGACGAAGCAACUACUCCAUGUGCGCCGUGAAUCCGAGCCGUAUCUCCAAGACGUUCAAUGAACAGGCUUUGCAAUAUGUCGUGGAGAACAUUGCCGAGACCACCGGGUGGCUGGUGGAGAUUGUCAACUACAAUGUUGCCAACAUGCAAUAUGUGUGCGCUGGUGAUCUCCGCGCGCUUGACUGCUUGACGAAUGUGCUUAACGUCCUCAAGCUGCAGAAGAUCGACAUACAGGCCCUGAUGCAACAAAUGUCUCUGGAUGAUGUGAAGGCCCACCUGGUUGAGAUCAUCGGCGAGUGCCGCAAGAGGACGGAGGCCAAGCCACAGCCAAUUGAGCUCGAACGAGGCUUUGCCGUCAUUCCACUCAAGGGCAUCGAUGUUCCUUUCCACAGCACCUUUUUGCGAUCUGGUGUCAAGCCAUUCCGUUCUUUCUUGCUAAAGAAGAUCAACAAGACGAGCAUCGAUCCGGCGAAAUUAGUUGGAAAGUACAUCCCCAACGUGACCGCCAGACCUUUUGAGAUUUCUAAGGAAUAUUUUGAGGAGGUCUACCGACUGACCAACUCACCUCGGUUGGCAAAGAUCUUGGAAGACUGGGAGUCAUAUGAGAAUGCGGGAGAUUCAGGGGUGAGGCGCCUUUCUUCCGUGGCUUAA